AUGUCUCACACAGUUGUACGAGGAAAGCCAAAUGCUGCUCAGCUCUACCUCGAUACGGUACUGGACGCCAUAUUGCUCGAACAGGGCAUCAAACCCGACGCCACGGCGAGAAGCAAUGUCCCCCUCGCAGAGAUACUGUUGCACUGUCUCAAGCAGAGACCUAAUGAAGUGUUCAUGAGUAAUGCUGGAACGGGAGUAGACAUAACAAAUGAGCAACAAUUGAAGCGUAUCGUCUCUAUCGCACGCACGCUGACUGCCAUGGGUCUGAAAGGGAAGUACGCUUUGGUAGAGAUGAGGAACCACCAGGAGACGGUGGCAGUGUUCUUCGCACUCAUCUUCGCUGGAGUGAUUCCGUUCAUGAUGGAACCUAACGCUACAGUCUAUGAGCUGACCCACUUCCUGAAACUUGUGGAGCCUAGCAUCGUGUUCUACGACGGAGAGUUCGAGCCAGCGAUGCUCGAGGCGACGCGCGCCUGCCCCGAGCUGAUGCCCACGCUGGUACCGGCGGACCAGCCCGGCGUCCUCGAUAACUUCACUAAAGGACAACCAGAUGAUAUCGCCAGCUAUCGGGUCGCAGAGACUGCUAUGGAUGACACCGUGUUGCUGCUGCCCACCAGCGGCUCCACUGGACUCCCUAAGGCUGUGAUCCUGACGAACCGGGGACUAACGACAGUUUUACCAACGCCUUGGACAUAUCACUCCAGUUUCCCGUCUCCAACGAAGAGAACAAUGAUCCUGACCACCAUCCAGUGGGUGACGUUCACCAUGUUCACCACCACCAGCGUCACCUACCACAUCCCCAUCGUGAUGACACCUAAACCCAUCACCGCUGACCACGUCAUCGAGAUCAUGGAGAAGUACCGGCCAACCUGGGGGUAUUUAGCUCCUGCGUUUGCUGUGUCCCUGGUACCUCUCAUCAGACCCGACCAGCUCAGCUCCUUCGAAACCAUGUUCCUACUGGGAGCACCAGCCACUCCGACACUCAUGGGGAACUUGAAGGCCAAAAUGUCAGAGACAGCGCGCCUGUGCGACGGGUACGGCAUCACGGAGACACACGGACUCAUCGCCAUCCCUGACAGGGACGCGCCUAUGAAAUCCAACGGAUGGGUGCUCAAUUUCAUAAAUUACAAGCUCGUGGACGAUGAAGGUCAGGAGCGAGGACGUGGCCAGAAUGGAGAGCUGUGGGUGAAGGGGAACUCAGUGUUUAAGGGCUACCACAAGAACAUGGCAGCUUAUGAGGAGACAGUCACGCCUGACGGCUGGUUCAAAACAGGAGACGAGUUCCACCUGGAUGAGAACGAUCGACUCUCAUACGUUGUCAGAAAGAAGAUCACCUUUAAACACAUGGGCGCUCAUGUGGCUCCAGAAGAGGUAGAGCGAGUGAUCUGCUCGGUACCGGGAGUGCACGAGAGCGUGGUGUGUCCGUCUGACAAGGGGGCCGUGGCGGCCGUGGUGUUACUGCCGGGGGCUGACGUCACCAGGGAACAGAUACACGCCGUCGUUAACUCCACUUUGAGUGAACACAAGCGGUUACACGGAGGGCUCGCGUUCGUGCCGUCGCUCCCUCACACGCACUCCGCCAAGCUGAAGAGGAAUGAGUGCAGCAAAUUGAUCGAAGAACUCAUUAAGAGCGGAGACUGCUAUUGA